AUGCCCAAAGCCAUUGAUGGAGUGAGAAAAAGCACAGACCCCACCUCAAAAAGAUCACAACUUGGAGCCAAAGAAAGUGAUAUUGAUCAAGAAACACUGCACCAAAAAUUCAAGAACCUUCAAAAAGAAUGGGAGAGCUAUAAAUAUCGAUCGAAAAACCCAAGAGUUCUACGCCAAUGUUCAACAGAUUCAAGAACCAUUGUUAUUGAUACUCUUCAACUGAUGAACAACUACUCUCCAUCAGAACUCAUGGCUUCUCUGCAGCGUAGAAGGUCUCCUCCUUCAGAAGGGUUUUGGAAGGUGAGGAACAAUGAUAUGGUGGUUCAAGAAAUACUCAGAGAGAGAUGGGCGGCCAUAGAAAGCGGUAAUUUGAAAGGAAAAAGGCUUUUUGCAGAUUUUGAGGGUGCAACUGGGGUGGGUUUUGAAGAGCGAGAAGAGAUUUGUAGUGAUUGGUUAGGUUUGAUUCAAGAGAAUCAAGAAAGUGAAAUGAGUUCAGUUUGUUCUUCUUAUGGUUCUCAUGAUGAUAAUGGAGAUUGUGGAAGGAAGGAAGGAUUAACUGCUGGUUGUUAUUGUUGCUCAGGUUCUUCUGUGUCUGAUGAGAGGGUGGAGAUGAGAAAGAAAGAGGUGGUCGGUGGAGGAGAAAAGGUGGUGGUCGGAGUGGAAGAGAAGAGAAAAGACAGCGGUGAGGGUGGUGCUAGUGGUGGCAGAUGGAUGAUUACUAUGGGUUGGUUUGCUAUAGUUUUGUUAGCAUUUACUCUUGCCAUUGUCUCUAUCAGGUGUAAUGGUGGGUAUGUAGAUCAAGAUGAGGUGAUUCUAGUCCCAACAUAA